AUGGAAAAGUUUCGUAGACGGAUGCAAGAAACGUAUAAAGACGUCCCGUUAGAGAAUUACAAAGACUUGUGGUCAUGGUCUGUUGAGCAUCCUGAACACUUCUGGUCCGAAGUAUGGGAUUAUACCCACAUUAUCUCGAGUAAAAAAGGAUCGCACGUUCUGGAUGUCCACCAACCCAUGGACAGUAUACCCGUUUGGUUUCAGGAAGCUCGACUCAAUUUUGCCGAGAAUCUCCUGUGGUGUAAAAGUGCUGAUAAAACGGCUAUUAUAGCUACAGGCGAAGGCCGCGAUGAAACGUCGAUGAGUUUUGCAGAAUUAUACCAACAGGUGUUGAAAUUUGCUGAAGCACUCAAAUCGCAAGGUGUAGAAAAGGGAGACCGUGUGGCAGCCUAUAUUCCACACUGUACUGAAGCGAUCAUUGCUAUGCUCGCUACGCUCAGUAUAGGAGCUAUCUGGAGUUCCACAUCGCCUGAUUUUGGCGUUACAGGUGUUUUGGAUAGGUUUACACAAAUUCAACCCAAGGUAUUGAUUUCUGUCAAUGCUGUUAUUUAUAACGGCAAAACGUUAGACCAUCUAUCCAAACUGAAGACGGUGGUUCAAGACCUUCCUUGCGUACAAAAAGUGAUUCUUAUCCCCUUUGUGGGUGACAUCGCCCACCGAGAGGACAUGGAAAAAGAGAUACUGUAUUCGGUCACAUGGUCCGAUUUCAUCAACACCAUUCCUGACGAUCUUUUACCGUCCGAGAUUCAGUUUGCUCAGGUGCCCUUUCAUCAUCCCGCUUUUAUCUUGUUCAGCUCGGGUACGACGGGACUGCCCAAGUGUAUCGUUCAUUCAGGCGGUGGACUCUUGUUGCAGUUGAAGAAGGAGCAUGUCCUUCAUGGAAACAUGGGACCGGAAGACGUGUUUUUUUAUUAUACGACGACAGGAUGGAUGAUGUGGAAUUGGUUAGUAGCAGGUUUAAGUGUGGGAGCCACUUUGGUGGUAUGGGAUGGUAGUCCGUUCAAGCCCUCUCCUUUACAUCUAUGGCAAUUGGCAGACAAAUGGAAGGUGACUCACUUUGGUACCUCUGCCAAAUACCUACAGUCGUUACAAGAAGCCAAAGUGUAUCCAAACAAAACAUGUGAUUUAUCCACACUCAAGGCUGUCUACUCUACCGGCUCACCUCUGAAACCCGAGAGUUUUGAUUUUGUCUAUCAAUCCAUUAAAAAAGACGUGAUGCUCGGAAGUAUUACAGGAGGCACUGAUAUCUGCUCUCUGUUUGCCGGCCAUAACGUCAGCCUCCCCGUCUAUCGCGGUGAAAUUCAAUGUGUGUGUUUGGGGAUGCAUAUCCAAGCGUGGGCGGAAGAAGGAAAAGCAGUGUACGCCCAAGCCGGCGACCUGGUGUGCGUGACGCCGUUCCCUUGCAUGCCGGUCGCGAUGUACGGAGACGAUGCACAACAGUCCAAAUACAAAGCCGCCUACUUUGACGUGUAUCCUCACGUGUGGUACCAUGGCGACUUUGUGUGGAUCAACCCAGACACGGGCGGUGUCGUCAUGUUGGGACGAUCCGAUGGCACGUUGAAUCCGAACGGCGUCCGUUUUGGCAGUGCAGAGAUUUACAAUGUGGUCGACAGGUUACAUGACGCGGAGGGCAUUGAGGAUAGUCUUUGUGUGGGGCAAAAGAUCAAAGGCGAAGACGACGAACGCGUGGUCUUGUUUUUAAAGAUGAAAGAAGGUCAUGCUGUCACUGACGGCUUGGUCCAGCGGUUAAAGACAAUGAUCCGUCAAGAGCUUAGCCCACGCCAUGUUCCUGCCUUCAUUCUUCCGAUUGCUGAUAUUCCGUAUACCAUCAAUGGAAAAAAGGUAGAAGUGGCCGUCAAGAAAAUUUUAAGCGGUAAAAAGGUCGUCGCCACAGGCACCUUGGCCAAUCCAGAAAGUUUAGAAUUGUUUUAUGAUAUAGAAGCAUUAGCUCAAUAG